AACACUGUCUUGCGCUGAACAUCCUCCCCCCUGUCGAUUAUAAUUUCUUGGACUGAUUAGUUCUUCAGGUUACUAAAUUCCUUGCUGUUAGGCAUAGCAGCGUAGCUUCCGGAAACCAGUUAAUCUUCAAGUAGUAGUCUUCACGACUUUCGCUUCGUCUCAAGCGAACCCAUUAAUGUAUGCUCGCCUCUCCAUUUCUUAGACUCCGGCGACCACCGUUACGCCACCUGAAGCUACUUUGUCGGAAAAAUCAGUUCGGCCUCUAGCUUGACAACGGAUAGGCUCGCUAGUUUGUCGUCAACCGAUAGGCUCGCUAUCGAGUGGAGGAAAUAUUGUCGAAGGUUACCCGGGUUACCCGGGUUACCAGGGUUAUCAGGGGUACCAGGGUUUCCAGGGUUAUCAGGGCUCCAGGGAGGGAUUUGAGGCGCCUCGGAAGCAUCUUAUCAGGGAGGGAUUUGAGGGUUGAUUAGGGCUCCGGGGAGGAAUAGCGAGAGGCAGCCAUGCCUCGUUUCAAGACCACCUUCAAUGGAUACUCGGCUCGCUUCAGCCCGUUUGUGGAGAAUCGGCUGGCCGUCGCCACGGCUCAGAACUUCGGCAUCAUCGGCAAUGGCAGGCUGCACGUCCUCGAGCUCGCCCCUGGAGGAGGUCUGGUGGAAGUGAUGGCAUAUGACACGGCAGAUGGGCUCUAUGACUGCUGCUGGAGCGAGGCCAAUGAGAAUCUCCUCGUGUCUGCCAGCGGUGACGGCAGUGUCAAGAUAUGGGACUUGGCCCUUCCGCCUGCCAGCAACCCCAUCCGCAGCUUCGAAGAGCACAUUCGAGAAGUCCAAUCGGUGGACUGGAACGUUGUGCGCCGGGACUCCUUCCUCUCAUCGUCCUGGGAUGACACAAUCAAGCUCUGGGCGUUGGAGUCGGGGCAGUCCAUAAGGACGUUCAGAGAGCACACAUACUGCGUCUACUCUGCUGUUUGGAACCCGGCUCACCCAGAUGUCUUUGCAUCAGCAUCUGGCGAUUGCACGCUCCGUAUUUGGGACCUCCGCGAGCCGCGCUCCGUCCUUGUCCUCCCCACCCACGACAUGGAGAUCCUCUCUUGCGAUUGGAACAAAUACGGCGGCGGAUCGCUUAUCGCCACCGCUUCGGUGGACCGAACCAUCUGUAUGUGGGACAUCCGGGCGCCUCGGCCCGGGCCGGGCCGUCCCGAGCCUGUGGCUCGGUUGCAAGGGCAUGCGUAUGCGGUUCGGCGAGUGCGGUGCUCGCCGUUCCAUGAGCCGUUGCUUGCCUCGGCUUCGUAUGACAUGACAGUUUGCUCUUGGGAUUUUAGAGCCCCAGAGGAUGCACUUUUAGGGAAGCUGGAUCACCAUACGGAGUUUGCGGUUGGAUUGGAUUGGAGCCCGUUGGUUGACGGGCUCAUGGUGUCGUGUGGGUGGGAUGAGAUGGUGUAUGUCUGGCAACAUGGGAUGGAUCCCAGGCUUGGGUAGAAGUGUGUGCAAGGCUUUGAGGCCUAUCAGGGUAUGGAGGAGUGGAAUGAGUUGACAGGGUCGUGUAGUCAUAGGUGUAAUACAAAACUCAUGCUGGUUGUUUCUAUGAUGUUGCGAGCGAUCUAUAGAUUACAACCACCAAAUUAAAGGAUAUGUGUGCCAACAUAUAUUGGUAUAUGUU